AUGACUUACCGCAUGACCUGCGACGUUGAGCAGUCGAUGCCUGGAAGGAGACAAUGGAAACUGGGAGUCUGGGAGUAUGGAGUGACAUUUAGUAGGGUAGAACCAGAAGGAAAGUUGGUCAUGGGAUGCAGAAAGGCUUCAAAUGCUCCUUCAUCAGAUCAGGGCAAUGAGACUGUCAAUACUGGUAAUGGGGUGGUUUCUACACGUAGAGAUGUCAGUAUUGCUAAUGCAGCAGAUCAAGCAAGUACCUUGUCCAAAGUUGAUAAAUCUGGAUACAUAGCAAGGGAAGUACUUGAAGCCAAACCUUCCUCCCGCAAGAAGAGAAAGAACAGCACCUUGGGUUCAAAGAGUAAACGCCCAAGAGUUGAAAAUGAGGACAGGAUGGAGCUGAACCUCACAUGGGAACAAGCUCAAGGAUUGCUCCGUCCACCACCUGAUCGUGCUCCCACUAUUGUUGUUAUAGAAGGCUUCGAAUUUGAGGAAUAUGAGGAUGCACCAGUUAUUGGGAGGCCUACAAUUCCUGCUGCAGAUAAUAUGGGUGAAGAGAUUCAAUGGGCUCAAUGUGAAGACUGUUUUAAGUGGCGCAAAGUGCCCGCCAAUGCUCUUCUUCCCCUGAAGUGGACCUGUUCUAGGAACUCAUGGGAUCCAGACAGAUCUCUGUGUUUAGCAGCGCAAGAACUAACAUCAGAACACCUUCAAGAUCUACUUGACACAAGUAACAAGGCUGCUUCUAAGAAAAUGAAGGCUGCUAAACAGGAUCCAGAUUCAGCUGGCGCUAUGGAGGGGCUUGACAAGCUUGCUGACCUUGCUAUCCAGGAAGAGGGAGAGAGCCUCCCGUCAUCAUCACAGGCCACAACAAAGCACCCGCGCCAUAGACCUGGUUGCACUUGCAUUGUCUGCAUUCAGCCCCCAAGUGGCAAGGGCCAUAAGCACAAGCAGUCAUGCGAUUGUAACGUAUGUGCAACGGUGAAACGCCGUUUUCAUACCCUUUUGCUGAGACGGGAGAAGAAACAAUCAGAGAAGGAAGCAGAAACUGAACGUCAAAAGCUGCAGCAGCAACUGUUGCCUGAACAAAUGCUUGAUGGUGACGUCCAGCAGUGUGGUGAUGCAGGAAAUACUUCUCCGAACCAGGAAAUGGUGUGUCAUGAGGGUUCUGAGAAUGACCCAAAUAUGAGGAGAACUUCCAUUUCACCUUUUAAAUGUCAAAUUGACCUAAAUAUCCAGCCGGAGCGGGAGGAAGAUUUGUCACCUAGUUCUGAUUCUGGUGGUACGAUGAGGUUACUCCAAGAUGCCACUGUGACAUAUCUCAGGCAACAGAGGUUCUCUAAUUCCAUCAGCAAUGGGAAUUUGGUGGGCAAUCAGACAAAGCAGGAUGGGUUCGGAGGGGGAAAUUGUAGCAGCAAUACUGCCUCUGGCAGUAGUCUUCAGAAACCUGAAGCAAACCAUGAUAUCAUUACACCCAUUAAUCCACUGGCAUCCACAUCAACCACUGACAGAUAA